AUGCACGGCCGCAACAACGGCAAGAAGCUGAUGGCUGUCCGCAUUGUUGCCCACGCUUUCGAGAUCAUCCACCUGAUGACCGACCAGAACCCCAUCCAGAUUGCCGUUGACGCCAUUGUCAACUGCGGUCCCCGCGAAGACUCCACCCGUAUCGGCUCGGCCGGUACCGUCCGGAGACAGGCCGUCGAUGUCUCGCCCCUGCGCCGUGUCAACCAGGCCAUUGCCCUUCUGACCACCGGUGCCCGCGAGGCCUCGUUCCGCAACGUCAAGUCCAUUGCUGAGUGCCUGGCUGAGGAGCUGAUCAACGCCGCCAAGGGCAGCAGCAACUCGUACGCCAUCAAGAAGAAGGACGAGCUGGAGCGUGUCGCCAAAAGCAACCGGUAA